AUGCUCCAGGGCAUCUUGCAAGAGGUUGCCCCCGAUCGCGAGGGCCUGCUGAGCUGCGAGGACUUGGCACGCUGCCUGCGCCGCCCGGAUCCAGCUCCGGAACCUCAAGAGGGGCUGGCGGACUUCCUAAAAGACGCUGACAUCCGGCUUGUGCGAGCCGACUUCAUCCUGAAGCUGCAGAAGGAAAGUGACACUGCAAGAAAGCGGCUCCCACGCCGCCAGGAAGCGGAGUCCGCCUACGUGGACAGCCGCACGGCGCUGGUCACACACGAGGAGGUCCAAGCCUGGGCCGAUGGCAAGGCGCCUGAAGGCACCCAGAUAGUCUCGCUGUCCCACUGCUGGGAGUCGAGGGAACACUGUGAUCCGUACGGCUACCAGGUUGCCAAGCUAGCCAAGAAGCAGAAUGUCAGCUUCGGGCGUGCGAUGAAGCACAUGCAUGUGCUGUACUGCCACGAGAAAUCAAGUACGCUCCGAAUCGAGUCUUUGACGCCGAAAGCAGACAUUGCAGAAGCCGAGCGAAAGCAAGAAGGCGUGAUGAUGUAUCACCACCCCACCGGCCUGGUGAAACCAGUGCCGGUCACUGAAUUGGUCAAGAACCGCACGCCGUACAAGCAGCGUGGGUGGUGUGCCGCUGAGAGGGAGUGGUCUAGUACUCGAACGGCCACCAACCUUUCGCGUGAAGUAGAUGCCCCGGAAGGCGAGAAGGGGGGAAUCGCCCCGAUGGUGCCAGAGGCAUUUCGACAGAGCGUCGCCAACCAACUUAAAUUCACGCAUCUAGAUGAUGUAGAGACCGUCUGCAGAUUGCAAGCGGAAGUGUACAAAGAGAAGGCAGAGAUGUGCAAGAGCUUACGGCUCGUAGAUUUGGGCGCGGAAGCCCUCGACAUCGCCCUGUCGGGCCUCGAGCGCUACCCGGUGCUAGAGAGCCUGGAGAUCGUCCACUGCGAGCUCAGCCAGAAGCUCCCGCUACUGCUGAAGGUCCUGAAGGAGAACAAGCUUCCACAGCUCCACCUGAAGCACAACGAGCUCUUUGAGGAGGGCACCCGCCAGGUCGUUGAGGCCCGCCGCCAGUUGCCGAUGCACUCUGCUGGCAUGGUGGCUUACAUUGAGCGGCACUUCAUUGCAUUAUGGAAGGCCUUGGCUUUGCAGCUUAACGGGACGCUUGCGGCACUGAGCGUUGGCCACGACCGCAUCGGCGUCGCUGGUGUCAAGGCUUUGGCAGAGGUUUUGCAGAACAACAGCACUCUGAUCGAGCUGAACCUGAGCCACGUGUGUCUGGACAGCGAUAUGGUCUGCGCUCUCGCAAAGGCAGUCAAGCAGAAUCACACCCUGAAGCAGCUGAGCCUUGCGGGAGCCAAAGUCGAAAUUGCGGAGCCCCUUCUCGAGGCGCUCCGGGCGAGCCAGCUCCAGGUCGAUCUGACGGACAGCGAUUUGGGCAACGGGGUCGCCGUGGCAAUGGCCAGGGCCCUCCGGACCGGCCAGGUGAAGGGCACCGUCACCCACCCAGCCAUGGAGUUCCUGUGCAUGUUGGAGGCUCGCGCGCACCGCCCACGGCCCACGUGCACUGCCUUCCGAGGCGAGGAAGCCGAGAGGUUCCGGCGGCUCUUCGGACCGCUCUGCCGGGCCCUGCCGAAGCUCCCGGAGCCGCUGCGAGAGCUCGAGCUCGACCUCCGCUUCCAAGGCGACGCCUUCGGCCUUGGCCCCGGCGCCUUUCGGAGCGCGAAUGCCCCUGCCCGUCCCCUUUCGGGAAGGCAGCAAUUUGCCUCGCGACUGCGCCCCCGGGCAGCAGCCGCACCGAGGCGACCAGGGCACAGAGGCCUUGGCCUCCGCCCUCCGCGAGCUGACGGAGCUGAAGAGACUCUUUUUGAGUCUGGACGAGAACAGCUUCGGCCCGGGGCCUCGAAGAAGUCGAAGCCACAUUGCCCCGCUUUACCCGGAGGGCCGAUAUCGGGAGAUACUGUAGAUCCUUUCUUGGAGUCUGAUCUUCAUCCAAGCCUUGCAUCCCCGUUCUCGGUGCAGCGCCCCCCCCCCCCACGCCGAAGUCAGAAGAGCCGGGUUUCUUCCGAUGUCCACUCUUGGGGUCAUCCUGAUAGCCUGUUUUUCACAGAAACCACGCCCCAACCUACAUUCUCCGAAGUCUGA